AUGAGUGAUUCAUACAGGGAAGUGAGUGGAAGGAACCGCUGUAGCCUGCUGCUAGCCCGGACCUUUGACGCAAUCUACCCUUCAAAUAGUUCCGCUCACCUCGCAGCUCCAUGUGAAUCGGUAUGUUUCACGUCUCUGCAGCAACAUGGUGAAAGCACUAAGCAAAGGGGCGUGUUCGUAUCGUUGCCGGAUCCCGUGAUGGUGGAGCAGCACUCUCCAGCUCCAGGGCACAUGCUCCUGACCAAAGCCCAAAACGGAGGCCUGUCCAAGGGGAUGGAGAGCUCCAAAGAUCAUGGCCUGCUGGAGAGGGGGCAGUGGGGCAGCAAGGCCGAGUUCCUACUGGCGGUGGCCGGGCAGAUCAUCGGCCUGGGGAACGUCUGGAGGUUUCCGUACCUGUGCUACAAGAAUGGAGGAGGUGUGUUCUUUGUGCCGUACCUGCUCUUCCUGGUCCUCUGUGGAGUCCCUCUCUUCCUCCUGGAGACGUCUCUGGGCCAGUUCACCAGUCUGGGAGGGGUCAGUGCCUGGAGGUCCAUCUGUCCUCUGUUCGGAGGUCUGGGUUAUGCGUCUCAGGUGAUGAUCCUCCAUGGCUGUGUGUACUACAUCAUCAUUUUGGCCUGGGCUCUGUUUUAUCUUUGCCACAGCUUCCAGACUCACCUGCCCUGGUCUCACUGCAACAACUCCUGGAACACCGCCUCCUGUUUCCUCUUUGAGCAGGCUAACCACUCUGCUAACGGGACCACCAUGCCAGAGAACGCCACAUCCCCCGUCAUGGAGUUUUGGGAGCGCGAGGUUCUACAUCUGGCAGAUAACUUGGACAGUCUGGGACCAGUGAGCUGGAAACUCGCUCUGUGCCUCAUCGUGGUGUGGGUCGUGUGCUACUUCUGCGUCUGGAAAGGAGUCAAGUCUACAGGGAAGGUGGUGUAUCUGACUGCCACGUUCCCUUACCUGAUGCUGUUUGUGCUGCUGAUCCGAGGAGCCACUCUCCCAGGAGCCUCCACCGGAAUCAUCUACUACCUCAAGCCCAACGUGACCCGGCUGGCAGAUCCUCAGGUGUGGAUGGAUGCUGGGACUCAGAUCUUCUUCUCGUACGGCAUCUGUCUGGGCAGCCUCACUGCUCUGGGCAGCUACAACAAGUACGACAAUGACUGCUACAAGGACUCUUUUAAGCUGUGUCUUCUGAACAGCAGCACCAGUUUUUUAGCUGGCUUUGCCAUUUUCUCUGUUCUGGGAUUUAUGGCUCAAGAACAAGGAGUGGACAUCUCCUCAGUGGCUCAGUCAGGUCCAGGUCUGGCCUUCAUUGCGUACCCUCGAGCUGUGGCCAUGAUGCCUCUGCCUCAGCUCUGGUCCGUCUGCUUCUUCCUCAUGAUCAUAAUGUUGGGGCUGGACACUCAGUUCGUGAGCCUGGAAGCCCUGAUGACCUCCGUCACAGACCUGUACCCUCAGUUGAUCCGCAGGGGGCGCCGCAGAGAGCUGCUGCUGUUGGCAGUGUGUGUGGUGUGUAUGCUGAUCGGGCUCGUCAUGGUCACUCCGAGUCAGACCACCUCCUCGCUGUCCUCGUGCCCUCCUCACCACCCCACGGACCAGGACCAGGAACAGGACCAGUCACAUUUAUGA